AUGAACCCUACAGAUGCCCAUGCCCAACGACAUCUGCGUUUGUUGCGCAACAUAGAGCUUAAUGAUAACUUACACGCGUCACUUGCUAACGAAAUAGCCAAAAACCCUGACAAAUUCUCUCGUCAAACUCGAGCAAGGCAUGCAUAUGAUGAACCCUUGAAAACAGAGACUAUCGCCGUUGUCAUAGAACCACCGAAGCCCAAAUCAGUACAGCGAGUCAUUGAGCAUAUAUCCGAAUGGCGUCUUCCGGAACAGGCAGAAGAGGCUAAUGUUCUGAGUCCUUUCGUGGAAUUUCCCAAGAUCGAUCCAUUUCGUGGAACUUAUAAGAAACAUGUCAUCAGACUGCGAUACGACCCAAAAAAGCUUCUUGAUUUUGACAAUCUCAUCACCAACUCAACUGUCGAACCCCACAGGUAUGAGGUAGACUUUGACGUACACGAAACCCAAACUCUUCUCGAUAAGAUCGAUAACGACUGUUCCAAACCAUAUCGCUGCGCGAUCGCGGACAAAAAAGACUUCUCUACACAAUAUACCACACCAUCCAUCAAAGAUCGAGAGUUUUUUCAAGCACUGCUGUAUAAUGCAAGCCCUGCCUCUUUCUAUAACGGAAAUUUGCUUUUGGCCUUCAGUGAAGCCGAAGACCGAGAAAUGACUCAUCCAAAGAGAAACAAGACGAUCAGAGAGGCUUCCAGGAUCGAAUAUGUUCAAUUAAGGGACUACGAAAUCAAAACAUGGUAUACUGCGCCCUACCCAGAAGAGUUCAACAAAAACAAGAUUCUAUACAUAUGCGAGUACUGCCUGAAGUACAUGAAAUCAAGGUACGUCUUCCACCGUCACCAACUAAAAUGCUCAUUACGUCAUCCGCCCGGAAAUGAAAUAUAUAGGGAUCAGAAAGUUUCAAUUUGGGAGGUUGAUGGUCGGGAGAAUGUCAUCUAUUGUCAAAGCUUAUGUUUAUUAGCCAAAUUAUUCCUGAAUUCUAAGACACUCUACUAUGACGUCGAGCCUUUCAUAUUUUACGUCCUCACCGAGCGUGAAGAUGUGGGUGGAGAGUGUCAGUUCCACUUUGUGGGUUACUUCUCGAAAGAAAAACUGACUUCCACUGACUACAACUUAAGCUGCAUUUUAACAUUACCAAUCUACCAGAGAAAAGGAUACGGCCAUCUAUUAGUCGACUUUUCUUACCUUUUGACAAGAAGAGAAUAUAAGUGGGGGACGCCAGAGAAACCGUUAUCUGAUCUUGGAUUGUUAUCAUACCGCAAUUAUUGGAAAAUUAAACUCUGUGAGGUAAUAAUUUCACUCAAAAAUGAGAUUCUCAAAGUUCAGGAGGAAGGCUCGACAUUUCAAUGCAGUAUCGAAGAUUUCUCAAACCUUACUGGUAUGAUUCCAACAGACGUUGUAUUUGCUUUAGAGCAGCUACAAAUGCUUCAUCAUUAUGAAGUGAAAAAUGAGAUAAAAUAUGCUCUAAAAAUUAGUGACUGGUCACUUAUAGAGAAUAUCGUCCAAUCCUGGAGUUCCAAGGCUUCUUGUUUUUUGCGUCCAGAGAAAUUGGUUUGGAAACCAAUGAUAUUUGGUCCUUCCUGCGGAAUCAACGCAAUGGGCACGAUGGUAGAAACCACGGGUGCAACGAGGACAACGGGUAAAGGACAAAACAAAAACGGAAUCGAUACAUUCAAGAAUAGUAUUUCCGUCUUGGUAAAUUUUUUGCAAGAUGACAUUUCUGAUCCAAGAAGCAUAGAGGAAACAUCCCGUCAAAAGAUUCAUGAUCAACAGGAAGUAAAGUUUAACCCUGUAAAUCCAGAUCACAUGACGCUGUCCCACAGCGCGACGCACCACGAUAGGUCUAAAAGUGCCAAUGGAACGGCAGAUUCUGUUACUAGUCAUGUCAAUGAUGUAUACACGAACGGGAACGACAAAGCUGGAAAUGGUCACGGCGCAAAAGCAAAACGGCUCAGAGCUUCCGCUUCUGAAUUUCAAGAUGGAGCUCACGAUAUUAUCCUAGAGGAGGCAAUAAGUGGAAAGGCAGUUAUCGAUGGACAUGCGGCUGAGGACGAGGAACCCAAGCUCUCGAGUCUUUCAGCUGAUGAAGAUGAGGUCCUGGGGGACGAAGAGGGUUCUACUGGCUCGUCCGAUACUCAUCAUGAUGUAACGAGAAGUAAAAGGGGCCGUUUAAUCAAAAAGGUCAUUGAUAGUAGCGAUGAGCCAGAUGAUUAUCCUUACGCUACCAGACAACUGCGAAGUAGGGAUCAUGUGUAA